CAGAGGGCUGGGAAAGAGCCUCUAUAUAUUCCUCAGAGAAAAAGGCAGUCCCAGACGGUUUUGAAGUUUUCAAAGACUUGCUCUGCUGAUAAGGACUUGUACUCAAAGCUGAGGACCUAAGCCACUUGCCAAAAUGUGUAAAGGACUUGCAGCCUUGCCCCACUCAUGCCUGGAAAGGGCCAAGGAGAUUAAGAUCAAGUUGGGAAUUCUCCUCCAGAAGCCGGAGUCUGCAGCUGACCUUGUCAUUCCAUACACUGAGAAGGCGGAGAAACCAGUCAAGACCCAGAAACCCUCAUUGGACAAGGCCCUGCAGUGGCGUGAUUCCCUGGACAAGCUCUUGCAGAGCAACUACGGACUUGCCAGUUUCAAAAAUUUCCUGAAGUCUGAAUUUAGUGAGGAAAACCUCGAGUUCUGGAUCGCCUGUGAGGAUUACAAGAAGAUCAAGUCCCCUGUCAAGAUGGCUGAGAAAGCAAAGAAAAUUUAUGAAGAAUUCAUCCAAGCGGAGGCUCCUAAAGAGGUGAAUAUUGAUCAUUUCACAAAGGACAUCACAGUGAAGAACCUGGCAGAACCUUCCCCAAGCAGCUUUGAUGUGGCCCAGAAAAGAAUCCAUGCCCUGAUGGAAAAGGAUUCACUGCCUCGCUUUGUGCGCUCUGGGUUUUAUCAAGAGUUCAUCAAGUAGGAAUGUAGUUGGUCUGUGAGAAUCAUCCCGACAGUUAUUUCCUCCACAAUAAUCCUGCACUUUCCAGCAACCCACAUAUUUUCCUAUAGCAGCUUGCUCAAAGACUCUCAAAUGGAAAACCCCAGGGAGUGUUGCUUCCUCCUUUGCCCACAUUGUUUUGGAUGUUUAUCUAUUGCCCAAAUGCCUUCCUUUUCCAAUUUCCUCUUCCUUCCCCCAUUCUUAAUUAAGCUCUACUCUUGUAUGUUGUUGUGAAACUCAAUCAGAACGACAGAAAAAAAUAUCUGUCAAAGGAAAUAUAAGAUAAGACUAUGAUAUCAUUGAAUGUAGGUCCAUUUGGUUUAGAUAAUGGAUCUCCACCUAAAUUGGUAUGAAAAAGAAUGUGGAUGUGGAAAGACCAGUUUUAACUGGGACUAAUUGAUCUCAUUUUUAAAAAAGUUCUGAUCCAUGAGGGGGUCACCCCUCUCAUUAUUUCUGAACUUGGUUAGUAAAAGUUGCUAAGAAUUUUAUGAGGCAGAGCCACUAUUGGAUUUUUUAAGCAAAUACAUUGUUAAAAAAUAUUGAUCUUCUUCUGAGAGCAUCUUUGUGUUAGCUAGAGAUUAUAAACAAGAGAUAUAGAUACAUAAAUAUGCUGUGUUUAUAUAAAAUCGAUCUGAACACCAUCCAUAUAGCUUCUUUCCCUAUAUUUCCCUCAUACUUUCCCGUGCAUAAAGUUACCAAAUUCUGUAUUAAAUCAAUGACCUGAGAUUGACAAGGGACUACUUUAUACAUGUAUCUAUGCCUCUAGUAUAUAAGCACAAAGUUUCAAUUUUCAAAUUAUUUAAAAUUCAUGAGAGUAUAAAAUUCCAAAUUUUCUGAUUCCAAUCAUAUAAAACAGGUGUUACUCAUUGCAGUGGUCUCCCACCUCAAUAUCACGAGGGCUGUACACUAAGAUGGGAAAAUCUUGCCAAGCCUAAAAUGGUUAGUUGUCCUAUGAUGCCAUCAGUUUGUUUAGUAAAUGAUGAUUAUCUUUAAAACACCAAAUUAUCUUUGGAAAACUUAAUUUGACUAAGUACAGAGACGUUCAAAGUGAGACAAAAUUUUAAAGUAUCCUGCAUUUUGCAAAAUAAUCUGAUCUUUUAGCAACCCCUCACUUCCCUCCCUAUUUUGCUCCCUGCAUUAAUGAAUUGUAUUUAUAGUCAAAAUGCACAUUUAUACCCCUAACAUGCCUUACACACAGCCAAUUGAUAAGCCAUGGUAUUUUUAGUAGGUUUAAACUUUUAAUUCUGUAUUUCAUUAUUAUAAGUCUUGCUAGAAUUUUUUUUCUUAUCUUUAGUAGAUUUGAUUAAACAAUGAUUUACAUAAUCUAGUAAUAAAGAGAGUCAAACCAUGUAUGAGUAUAACCAAGGUGAGGACACUGGGUUAACUAAACAAGUAAUUUUUAAAGGAUUAAUAAAAAUCUGAAAUGUUUAAGUAGAA